GGGAGCGAGCGGCGGAGCCGGAAGACGGGCGCGGAGCGACAGCGAGGCGACAUGGCGGCCACCAAGAGGAAGCGGCGUGGAUCCUCCGCGGUGCCGGCCAAGAAGCCCAAGAAAGCUGGCAAGGAUGCCGGGCCGCCGACGAAGCGGCGCUCCACGACGGAGGAGGUGGAGGAAGACGAGAGAGACCGGAUCCCGGGCCCCGUUUCUAAGGGCAAGUGGAAGAACAAGGAACGGAUUCUCAUCUUUUCUUCCAGAGGAAUAAAUUUCAGGACGAGACAUUUAAUGCAGGACUUGAGGACGCUGAUGCCUCACUCUAAAGCAGAUACUAAGAUGGACCGUAAAGAUAAGUUAUUUGUGAUUAAUGAGGUCUGUGAAAUGAAAAACUGUAAUAAAUGCAUCUAUUUUGAAGCUAAGAAAAAACAGGAUCUCUAUAUGUGGCUUUCAAAUUCACCUCAUGGACCAUCUGCUAAAUUUCUUGUUCAAAAUGUUCAUACCCUAGCUGAACUGAAGAUGACCGGAAACUGCUUGAAAGGCUCCCGACCCCUUCUGUCCUUUGAUCCUGCUUUUGAUGAAUUUCCACAUUAUGUUUUGUUAAAAGAACUCUUAAUUCAGAUUUUUAGUACACCACGGUAUCACCCCAAAAGCCAGCCAUUUGUGGACCACGUGUUUACCUUCUCCAUUUUGGACAACAGGAUAUGGUUUCGGAACUUUCAGAUUAUAGAAGAAGAUGCUGCUCUUGUUGAAAUAGGACCUCGCUUUGUCUUAAACCUCAUAAAGAUUUUCCAAGGGAGCUUUGGAGGGGCCACCUUGUAUGAAAACCCUCAUUACCAGUCUCCAAACAUGCAUCGACGAAUUGUAAGAUCCAUCACGGCUGCGAAAUACAGAGAGAAGCAGCAAGUAAAGGAUGUGCAGAGACUGAGGAAGAAGGAGCCGAAGGCUGUGCUUCCCCACGACCCCACCGCGGAUGUUUUUGCUACUCCAGCUGAGGAGAAGCCGGUAGACAUACAGUGGGUCAAGCCAGAACCUAAGGUUGAUCUGAACGCAAGGAAGAAAAGGAUUUACAAGCGGCACAGAAAGAUGCAACAGAAGAUGAACAAAAGGAAUGCAAAGUGAAGCAGCAGAUAACUGGGUUCUCAGUUAUCGUGUAUUUAUCUUGAACUCAACAUGUAAAUACUUUUAUUUCUAGGUCUUAGGUUUCCUGCGAUGUUUAAAAGAAGGAAAAUGUAUUAUCUUAAAUGUUUAUCUUUUUCUAAAUAAAAAGCACCAGAGCACCUAA